AUGUCUCCUACACAAAGUACGCGCUACCAGCGGUAUACGCAAACCAGCGAUGCACUUCUGGAACCUCCGUUGCGUCACGAGGAAAGCGAACAUGCGUUAAAUACUUCGGGAGCUCUCAACGUAGCCUCUACCUCACGGGCCACGUCCGAACAGUCCGCCGUGGUAGCCGCACAUCAAAGCGAUUCACCUGUGGCCGCGUCCAAGAGCGACCCUUCCCAUACACUGAGCAAGCGGCGUCGACUAUCAGCGCCACGAGCUCAGAAGCCCUCCAGAACGUCUCAGGAGGUGCACGCGAAUGUCGAUACAUGUACCGCAGCCACGGCCCCAUCGGCGCCACAGGAUUUUGAGAGAUCUGCGCCCACUACACGCACCCAGAAGCCUGACCGUAUCCGGCGACCUCCAAAUGCCUUCAUUCUUUUUCGCACCCACUCGUUCCAGGAGCGGAAGAAUGAGACGGGAACGAUGAAGCAGUCAAUGCUUUCCAAGAUCAUCGGUCAGGAGUGGCACCAGCUUUCUGAGGACGAGAAGGCUGUAUGGAUGGAGAAAGCAGAGAAGGCUAAGGAGGAACAUCGCCUGCGAUAUCCUGACUACGUCUUCCGUCCGGCGCGAAAUAACGGUACAAAGGAGACUUCGAAGAAGCGGCUGCCAAAGAGAGCCACCAAACGGGCGCGGAUACACAACCCAACCCCACAGUCGAUAUCACGAGUGGCGUCCGAGCCGGCAAUGGCGGUGGCGGGCAUGUUAACAUCGUCGUCAAGAAUGCAACGCCACGCCUCAGCGCCCUGCAUAGGAGAGGCAAUGACUGAGCAUCUUGCCCUUCCAACGAUUCCGUCGACUCAUUUGGCUACUACACUCCAGAGGCCACCACGAGGUACUAGCGUCAGUCGCCAUCGCCAUUCGGCAGCGCACCCUGUCGCGUUCAACACUCCAAUGACGUUGGGGCACACCACGCCUGUAGAUCUGCUGUAUUCCUCACUUCCACCCCUUGAGCUCGACCCCGCGCUAUUCGACCCUGCCUUCCUGUACUCAGCGGUUCAAGGCUUUGGAACUCAGGAUGCAUCGUUCGCUCCUCAGGCUAGCUAUCUCGUCCCAUCUCUCGACUCCAGUCAUCAGCUUCUGCAACCCGCAGUGCAUGGUGGCGCACCUGCCGAGCAAUUUUAUGGUUCGAGCGCAUCUGCUCCUCUCGGCGCCCAGUUCAUAGGCCCGGCGCACGCAUCGCGGUCAUUAGACGUCGAUGUGCCUACAUUCGAUCCUCGCUUCUUGACCCAAUCGCUGUUCGACCUGACGACGCUGACAUCAUCAACCUCGUCCUGGAACUCUCCUUCCGUUUCCAGUCUUCAGACGCUAGAUUGCAAUUUCCCUGACAUACUCGCGCUACCGCCCUCUCCGUACGCCCUGGUCAAUCCAGCAGAGACCGGCAGUCUCAAUUCAGAUCAUUUUAUUGCGGGUUCAUUCGCUGGGGAACAGGACACCUUUGCUGAGCAGCUAAGAGAGUUCGAGUGGUUAAACUCUCGGACAGUUUUCAACGGGUGA